AUUAUCCCCCCCAGCCACUGACAGCCUGCCUUGCUGCACUGCUGACAUGGCUGCUGCGGGCCCCUCCCUCUUGUACGACCGGCUUUAUUGUCGAGAAGCGGGGUGGGCUGCCUGCUGCUGCUGCUGCUGCAUUUAAACAACAACCCCUCCCCCCCGCUGCCUCCCUCCUCCAUCCCUCCUCCAUCCUCUCGCUCCCAACCACCCCACCAUGCCUCCCCCCAUCGUCCAGGUCGAGAACGGCUCCGUCAACGUCCCCGUCGGAACCUUCCCGCCGACAUGCACUUCGACCGACGUGAAUGCCGACCAGGUCGCCUCCCAGCUGGUGGACCAGAUCAACACCGCAUUCACCCAGGGAGGAGGCCCCGAGGACAUCGCUGCCCUGUUCCUGGAGGAGGGCUUCUGGCGGGACCACCUGUGCCUGACCUGGGACUUCCAGACCGUCAAAGGCCGCGACAACAUCGCCCAGCUCCUCCGAGCGGGCCGCUCCCCGUCCAAAAUCGAGGUCGAUCGAUCGUCGCCCUUGAGGGCUCCCCAUGUGGGUCCGAUCGAUGCCUUCGGCGAUGUCUCCGGCAUCGAGUUCUUCGUCACCCUCUCGAGCGCCAUCCUCGAGGGACGAGGGGUAGUGCGGCUGGCCGAAACGGAUGGCGAGUGGAAGAUCUUCACCUUCUUCACGUCGCUGGUCGGCCUGGUCGGCCACCCGGAAGCCGUCACCCACAACCGACCGGCAGGCGUGCAGCAUGGCGCGAACCAGGGUCGCAAGAACUGGCAGGAUCGCCGGACGGCUGAGAUCAAGGGCGAGGGUAACACCCCGGCCGUCUUGAUCAUAGGCGCCGGGCAGGCGGGUCUCACCAUCGCGGCCCGGCUGAAGAUGCUCAACGUCGACUCUCUGAUCAUCGACGAAGAGAAACGCAUCGGAGACAACUGGCGCAGACGGUACCACCAGCUGGUGCUGCACGACCCCGUCUGGUUCGACCACCUGCCUUACAUCCCCUUUCCGCCCAACUGGCCCAUCUUCACCCCCAAGGACAAGCUUGCCGAGUUUUUCGAGUGCUAUGUCAAACUGCUGGAGCUGAACGUGUGGACGGGCACAACUCUCCAUCACAGAACCCGGUGGGUCGAGGAGGAGGAACGAUGGGAUGUCCAACUGGAACGGCACAACGAAGAUGGCACCGUCGAGACUCGCACCCUCCAGCCGCGCUUCAUCGUCCAGGCGACCGGCCAUUCCGGGAAGAAGAACAUGCCCGACAUCCCCGGGCUGGACGCCUUCCAGGGCGAUCGCAUCUGCCAUAGCAGCGAGUUCCCCGGCGCCAACCCCGAGUCGCGAGGCAAGAGGGCCAUCGUGGUCGGGGCCUGCAAUUCCGGCCACGACAUCGCGCAGGACUACUACGAGAAGGGGUACGAUGUGACGAUGGUGCAGCGCAGUUCGACCUGCGUGGUCUCCUCCAAGUCGAUCACCGACAUCGGUCUGAAGGGUCUGUACGACGAGAACGCCCCCCCGACCGAGGACGCGGACCUGUACUUGUGGAGCCUGCCGUCGGAGAUAUUCAAGGCGCAGCAGGUCAAGGUCACCGCGCUGCAGAACCAGAACGACCGGGCGACGCUGGACGGGCUGGAGCGGGCCGGGUUCAAGGUAGACCGGGGGCCGGACGAGGCGGGCCUGCUGAUCAAGUACCUCCAACGGGGCGGGGGGUACUACAUCGACGUGGGCGCCAGCCAGCUCAUCGUCGACGGCAAGGUCAAGGUGAAGCAUGGCCAGCAGAUCACCGAGAUCCUGCCGCGGGGGAUGCGGUUCUCCGACGGCACGCAGCUGGAGGCCGACGAGAUCGUGCUGGCCACGGGGUACCAGAACAUGGCGACGACGGCGCGCAGCAUCUUCAGGCCCGAGGAUGGUGAGCGGGUCAACGACGUGUGGGGCUUCGACCCGUCAGGGGAAAUGCGGACGAUGUGGCGGCGAUCCGGGCAUCCAGGGCUGUGGUUCAUGGGGGGGAAUCUGGCGCUGUGUCGGUAUUACUCGCGGCUGUUGGCGCUGCAGAUUAAGGCGCGGCUGGUCGGGGCUUCGGUCUGUUGAAUACGGUGCGAUGCAAUGGUCGGCGCGGUUCGUCGGAGCGGUUCGUCCGUGUGCUAGUUCCAGUUCAGGACCUCGCACUAUGUCGCGAAAGGAGAAGGGAUGCAACCUUGAUUGGUGAGAUGGUCUAGCUCCUACUACUAGUCUACAUAGGUAUCACAAAGAAAAAAAAUCCAAGAUCUAC